AUGUUCAUGGGGGGUGCUGCAUCUCCUGAUCAGGGGUCUGUCGUCGCGGCUAUUCUCGAAAAGGGCCGUCAACUCGUUCGCGAUGAGGUGGUCACGAUUCCGGACUUUGGCAGAGGGUGGCGAACUGACACUACCAAGGUACAAGGCCUUCCCGUUUGCAUCAAGAGCGUCGCGCAUCACCGGUAUCUAAGCUCCAGUCCCGAUGGCGAUGUGAAACACCACAAGGAGGCAAAGGAGUGGGAGCAAUUCACUCUUUUGCACCUGAGAAACGGUCUUGUGUCGUUCAGGACGGCGCAUGGCAGAUACCUUGGCGCUCCAGAUCCUGACCCGAAAUCAUCAAAACACCUGACGACCAAGAACUUCUUGAGGGAGUGGGAAAUGUUUACCCUGGAACACAUCUUUGAUGAAAGGUAUGCCCUGAGGACCUACCACGGCAAAUAUGUGGGUUUGAUCUUGCCAAAAGGGUUUUGUGAGAAGGUAGUCCUUGCGAACCAGGCACUGGCGGGGGAGUGGGAGCAGUUCGAAAUCGAGGUUAACAGUCUGGAUAAGAAGGGCCCAGUUGGUGAGGCGGGUGGCGACACCGAAAUGUUGUAA